CACUGGCUUCAUCCUGUCGGCUUCCUCUGCAGGGAAUAGGCUCUGGCUGCUUCUGCGUCACUGCAUCGCUCACAGUUGUUUAUUACAGGAUCGCUGAGGUCUGUCGUCUUGUCUAUCGUACUGGUGACUAUAAUCCAUUGUCUCUGAUCAUUGUAGAGCCGGGCUGGCUGGGUCUUUUGAAGAUGUCAGGCUUUCUUGACAGUAUACAGUGCUCGGAGUGCAUUGACUGGGGUGAGAAGCGGAACACAAUAGCAUCUGUUGCAGCUGGUGUUUUAUUCUUCACAGGCUGGUGGAUCAUCAUUGAUGCUGCUGUUAUCUAUCCUUCUCAAGCACAGCUGAAUCACUCUUAUCAUGCUUGUGGUGUUAUAGCAACUGUGGCUUUUCUAAUGAUUAAUGCAGUGUCUAAUGGCCAGGUUCGCGGUGAAAGCUACAGUGAGGGCUGUUUGGGACAAACAGGUGCCCGUAUUUGGCUAUUCAUUGGUUUCAUGUUGUCCUUUGGAUCUCUGAUAGCAUCCAUGUGGAUAUUAUUUGGCGGUUAUGUGGCAAAAGGUGUCACUGAAGUAUAUCCCGGUAUUGCUGUGUUUUUUCAGAAUACUUUUAUUUUCUUUGGGGGGCUUGUGUUCAAAUUUGGUCGGACUGAAGAUUUAUGGCAAUAGACUUUACCAGCAUAUCUGGUUUCCAUGCAUCUUUUCUAAUACACAUUCCUAGUAAUAACAUGUAAGACUUUUUCAACUCCGAUCUUUGAUAUUCAUGGACCUUGAAACAUGUUACCAAAAAAAAAAAAAAAUAGAGAAAGUGACAGACUAUUGCACUUUGUGUUAAAAAAAUAAAUAAAAAUGUUUUCUUGUUUCUAUGUGUGAAUUUUGUAAGGAAAAUAAUGAAAUGUUUAUUAAAAUCAUAUACCUGAAGUAA